AUGGGCUCAGCUGAUCACCGACUGAACCUCGCAGAGAUCCUUUCACAGAACUAUGGCGUGCGGGAAGAAAGGGAAGAAGAUGAUGAGACUCAGGAGAAGCAGAAAUCUUUAGAAGAGCUGGAGAAGAGUUUCAGUGCCUCUCAGAGCAGUGAAAUGCCAUUUGAGGAGCUGCUGGCACUUUAUGGCUAUGAGGCAUCUGAUCCCAUCUCGGAGCCGGACAGUGAGAGCAAUGAUAUCACCCCAAACCUCCCAGACAUGACUCUGGAUAAGGAACAAAUAGCGAAGGAUUUGCUUUCAGGGGAAGAAGAGGAGGAGACACAGUCUUCAGCUGAUGAUCUGACUCCAUCCGUCACGUCCCACGAUGCGUCGGACCUAUUCCCAAACCAGCCUGGUUCAAACAAUUUCCUUGCUGAUGAAGACAAAGAGCCCUGUUCAUCUCCCUGUGCUUCCUCCAUGGCUGAGGAUUCAGAGGAGGAUUCCAUCCCACCCAAUGAGUGCAAAAAGGAGAUCAUGGUUGGACCUCAGUACCAGGCCACUGUUCCUGCCUUCCACCUGAAUAGGCAUGGUGAAAAAGCCUACGAGAAUGAAGAUCAGCUGCUUUGGGACCCAAAUGUGCUCCCCGAGCGGGAGGUGGAGGAGUUCCUGUACCGCGCGGGGAAGCGGCGCUGGGACGAGCUGUUGAGCAGCAGCCUGCCCGAGGGAGAGGUGGUGAAGGACAAUGAGCAGGCAUUGUAUGAACUAGUUAAAUGCAACUUCAAUGCGGAAGAGGCGCUGAGGCGGCUGCGGUUCAAUGUGAAGGUCAUCAGAGAUGAGCUUUGUGCCUGGAGUGAGGAAGAAUGUAGAAAUUUUGAGCAUGGCUUCAGGGUCCAUGGGAAAAACUUCCAUCUAAUCCAAGCAAACAAGGUCCGCACCCGCUCAGUGGGUGAGUGUGUGGAGUAUUACUACAUGUGGAAAAAAUCAGAGCGCUACGACUACUUCACUCAGCAGACUCGUCUAGGAAGGAAGAAGUACGUCCUCCACCCUGGAGCCAUAGAUUACACGGACAAUGACUUGGAUGGAGGUGAAGUAGAAAACACCAGUCGCUCUCGGAGCUCCCCACCAGUUCCCUCUGCAGCCAGCUGCCUGGAUCCCCACUUUGCUCAGGAUCAGCUGGGCAUGGAGAGCACAGAGCCCCUGAGCGUGGAGAGCACAGCCUGCAGCCUGGGCAGCAUGAGUGAGUCAGGGCAGGGCUAUGAGUGCAGCACACCUUCAGAGACCAAUUGUUCCUUUGACCCCACAGAGGAAACCUCCUCGGGCACCAUCUCAGCUUCCUGCACACGACACCCCGUCCCCCCCGCGGGCACAGGGCUCUACGCUCUGCCACCCCCAGGACCAGGACUAGCAGAGAAGCAGGAGACGUUGCAGAGCUCUGGUGAGACGAUAACCAUGGACUUCACUCUCCCUGCAGACAUUAACGAGGGUUUGCCUUUAAUUGCUGACCCUGUGGAUUUGGACAGAGAUCCAGAGGCAGUGGUGGCCCCUGCGCAAGUGUCCUUAUCGGUCACAGAUUUUGGCCUCAUUGGCAUUGGAGAUGUAAAUAGCUUCCUGACUGCUCACCAGGCCUGCCCAGCACCUGUGGCUCGCUCGGAGCCUUUGUCACAGUGA